UAUUUUGUAAGCUCAACACUCAUCAUACUCCAAACUUUCUUAAUAUUCUACUCAUAAAGGUUCUUCUCUUCUCUUCUCUUGUCUUCUAGCAAUGGCACAAAAUUCUCCUAAUGGAGAAACUCAACCAUCUAAGUUACCAAAUUUUCUUCUUUCUGUUAGACUCAAAUAUGUUAAACUUGGUUACCAUUACUUAAUAUCAAAUGCAAUUUAUCUCAUCAUUGUUCCAAUUCUUGUUGCUGUGGGACUUCAAUUAUCAACACUUACACUUGAAGACCUAAUGGCAAAUCUUGCAAUGUUGAAAUCUUAUUCAACCCUAGUUGUUUUUUUGGCCACAAUAUAUUUUAUGAGUCGUCCUAGGAACGUUUACCUAGUCGAUUUUUCGUGUUACAAGCCACAUGAACGUUACAUGAUAUCUAAAGAACGUUUAGUUGAAAAAUUAACAGAUAUUUUCGAUGAAAGUAGUUUGAAUUUUCAGAAGAAAAUAUUGUACAACUCCGGUUUAAGUGAUAAAACUUAUAUACCAGUCGAUAAAUGGAUCCCAUCGAAUUUUUCGCUUAGAAGUAACCAACAUCAAGCGAAAUUGGUUAUUAUUGGUGCUAUCGAUGAUUUAUUGGGGAAAACCGGAGUUAAAAUUAGAGAUAUUGGGUUUAUUAUUGUGAAUUCUAGUAUGUUUAAUCCAACACCUUCACUUUCUGCCAUGGUUGUGAACCAUUAUAAGCUUGGUGUCAAUGUGAUUACAUACAAUCUUGGAGGCAUGGGAUGCAGUGCUGGACUUAUUUCUGUGGACUUGGCUAAUAGGCUUUUACAGGGACAAGCCAACAGCUAUGCACUUAUAGUAAGCACAGAAAUAGUAUCAUCAGCCUUCUAUACUGGGAAUGAUAAAUCAAAGUUGAUACCAAAUAUGAUUUUUCGGAUGGGUGCAUCUGCUGUUCUCCUAUCGAACCGCUUCUCCGACCGUAGAUGGUCAAAAUAUCAACUGAUGCAUGUCGUCCGCACCCACAAAGGUGCAGACGACAGAGCGUUCAGUUGCGUGUUUCAAGACGAAGAAGAGGAUGGGAAAAAAGGCAUGUCAUUGUCAAAAGACCUAAUGGCAGUGGCAGGUGAGGCAUUAAAAACCAACAUUACAACUUUAGGCCCACUAGUCCUGCCGAUGUCCGAGCAGCUCCUCUUUUUCGCCUCGUUAAUAAUGAGGAACGUCUUAAAGAGGAAAAUCAAACCAUACAUCCCGGAUUUCAAGAUGGCAUUCGAGCAUUUCUGCAUUCAUGCAGGUGGUAGAGCUGUGCUAGACGAACUUCAGAAGAAUCUUGAUCUCUCCGAAACACUUAUGGAACCAUCCAGAAUGACUCUUUAUAGGUUUGGGAACACUUCAAGUAGCUCAGUGUGGUACAAUUUGGCCUAUUCAGAGGCUAAAGGGAGGAUAAAGAGAGGCGAUAGAGCGUGGCAAAUAGGUUUUGGAUCAGGUUUUAAAUGUAACAGUGUUGUUUGGCGCGCGCUGAGGACAGUCAAUCCAGCAAAAGAGAAGAAUGCAUGGACAGAUGAAAUCGAUGAUUUCCCGGUUAAAGUUCUACGCUGAUGUGUAAUACUGGAACUGUAAAACACAAUCAAAAUCAGUCUAGCAUGUUUAAUUGUGCAAACAAUUAUUUGUACAAUCUAUUUGUAUGAGAAAUUGAAGCCAGAUGUAGCACUAGUAGGUUGUUCGAAUUUCAAUUUCAUUACAAGAUUUCAGUCAGAUUGGUGACUUGGAUUUCAAUUUUUUCAUUUCAAUGUUAGCUCAUAUAUUCAUGAUCUAUAUGUUGAAGGAAACUACCUUGUUCUUGAA